UUUUAGGAUUAUUCUAGCACUACAUUGUACGGUACCGAAUAAUAACAUCAUGGCCAUUCUAAUUCGUAGCCCAUUUAGAUAUUAUGGUAGCCACUGUUAAAAUUGAGAAAUGACUCCAGCAACAUAAAUAAGCCACUGUAUACAUGUUAAUGCGUGUGUCUUAGACUAGCCUCAACUCCAGCCCCUUCAGCCUGGAAUCAAGGCUAGUCUUAGAUCUACCCUAAAUAAGCUUCCCUAACCCUAAUUUAAUAAAUCUUGGCAAUAGGAUCUAUUAUGAGGCCACAAAUCAGAUGAACUUGGUAGGCUUUGUUGUGUAGCACAUGCACGUACACAAUUAAGGUGUAUAGAUCUAAUGCCCCUCAAUCAGUUUGAUAGAUAACUGUAUUUAGUUUAAGAAGUAAUAGGAAAUAACUCAGUAGAUACUAUAGCCUGUGUAAAUUCUGCUACAAAUUCUGCUACAAUGAAUGUCUCUGUAGACAACAUGUCUUCCUUGACUUGUGAGGAGAGACGUUAUAUUGGUAGAACAACUGUGGACUUUGAUACAGAGGCCAUCUUACGCUACCUUCUCGUGGGAUACCUCAUACUCCUAUUCCCAUUUUCAGUAUGUCUCAACGGAUUUCUCAUUAUUCUUAUGGCAACGAUCAAGUCACUACACCAGACUGUGUACUUUCUAGCUCUUCAAGUAGUUGUGGUUGAUUUCGGAUUAUCAAUAUUUGUACUACCAAUCACAAUUGCAAAUGCAAUUGCUGGAAAAUGGGCAUUUGACCCUACAUUUUGUUCACUGUCGAUCUUUGUUAUCCAUUUAAUCAGAAUGGCACGGUAUUGGUUGAUGUUUGUAUUUGUGAGCGAUAGAUUUGCCUCGGUAUUUUUCCCAUUCUCGUAUUUACAAUACCAAAAAAAGUUUGUGAUCAUCCUGUCCAUAAUGGCUUGGGCUAUUUCACUCUCUUUUGCUAUUUUGCCUGUGGCUCUUGACUGUGCAAUGUUUAGCCGUACCGCUUUUUAUUGCACUGGUGGCAAUGGUUGCACGAACACCAAUGCCUGUCAAUCUUCCAGACUCUUAACAAUCACCUUGACCAAUAUCAUGGGAAGCUUUGUACCACUUGUGCUCUAUAUAAUCCUAUUCCUAAAAGCAAAAAUGUUACAGAAAUCUAUUAUCGUACCUAAUUGUGACGGUGAUGAUUCAAAUCACAGAAACAAUGCUCGCCACAAUACUACAUUCUUUUUCCUUUUUCUCGCACUGUUUGGAGUGAACAUAAUCCCAUUCUUCUUCUUUAUAGUUGGAAAUUCCAUCCUCUCCACCCUUUCGAUCCCUCCUCCUUCACAGUAUGUCAUUACAACCAUCAUUUUUAGAUCGUUGUACAAUAUUCUGCCGCUAAUCGAUGCCAUCGCCAUAAUAAGAAACAGAGAUUUUCGACAGGCUAUCAGUUUAUUCAAAUCGAAACUUUUUGGUUAGGACUUCGUUCGAUUCCGAUUCAGCUUUAUGCUUAUACUUAGUAGUCGGUUUAUAAACGAAGCAGAUUUGUUACUCUGCUAAGAAGAAUGGACUCAAUUUAACAUUAGUAGCUGGCAGUGCAUGUAGAUCUCAUUGAUGAUAUUGUGAUUUGUAAGUAGUGUAUCCAGCUGCAUUGUAUAUACCGUAUA